AUGCCAACCUACUAUGACCUCAAGAUAUCAGGACCAAGUGGACCCAGUGAUCUGAAAUAUAGAAUCAAUCAGAACCUUGACGAGCCAGAACUAUGUCCAGUUACCGCACUUACCCAAUACCUGUACUUCUGUCUUUCACAUGAUCAGAAGGCCACCCAUGUAGUCGACACCAAGGACGAGUUACUGUUCACUCGCUAUAACAAGUCUGAAGAGACCUACUCUCCCUUGUCUUCAUCCUCCGUUGGAUAUGCCAUAAGGAAGAGAAUGAAGAAGGCUGGAAUUGACUUCACCGUCUCCAACAAACCAUGCCUCAGAAGAUCUGUUCUAAAGUCCAUUCUAUCUAUUCAUCAUCCACUGUUGGACUCAUUCUGGUCAGACCUAUACCUAACUGAUACCAAAGUGAUUGAUCAAGUACCAACCACAAAUAACUUCAAGUUGUUGAACUCAAUCUCAAGAGAGAGGAUCAACAAGAGGAAGAGUGACAAGAAUAAGGUUAAUGAUCAAUGA